CCCGAAGGCCGGCGCGCAUGAGCAACCCGUACACGGUCCUCGGCGUCGAGCGAAACGCGUCCGAGAAGGAGAUCUCCAAGGCAUACAAGCGGGCGGCGCUCAAGUGGCACCCCGACAAGAACACCGAGCGGCCGGAGCUCGCCGAGAAGAAGUUCAAGGAGAUCUCCGACGCCUUUCAGCUGCUGAAUGACCCCGACAAGCGCGCCUUCUUCGAUCGGACCGGCCAGCGCCCCGACCAGCAGCCGCAGAUGCGCCGCCGCCCGCAGCAUGGCGGCGCGCAGCAGGUGUACGCCGACGAGCUGACGCCGGAGGACAUCUUCAACAUGUUUUUCGGCGUGCCUCCCGGCGCCGGGCGGGCAGGCGCCCGCCGCAGAACAACCGGCGGGGGAGGAGGCGCCGCCACCAGCGCCGCCCCCCCCCUCACUACCGCCGCCGUUGCCGCCUCCUGUGUCGCCACCAGCCCUGCCGCAGUCACCCUCCACCUCGCCCGCUCCACACACCACCCACCCCGCCGCCUCCCACCCCCAAACCGCCUCCAUCUCGCCCUCGCCGCCGCCUCGCGCCGCCAGGGCCAGCUGUCGCACGCCGCAGACCGUGCGAGCUGUCGCACGCCGCAGACCGUGCGGCGGGCUUGACUCGUCCGUUGGAGUGGCGGCUCAGGCGGCGGCGCGCAGCCGAUGCAGCUCAGCCUCGCGCAGCUGGCGCCGGUCCUCAUGCUGAUGGCCUUCUCCCUCCUCUCGCCGAUCUUGUUUGGAGA